CGCCGCCCCGUUUCCGGCUGGGCCGAGGAGGGGCGGCGCGGGGUGGGGAGGGGGGGGCGGAAAGAGGCAGUGCCGCGGGCGGAGCUGAGGCGGCCGCGCACGGGCCGGCAGCGACCCGCUCCCGGGGCCCGCGGGAGAUUCUGCCAAUCUCCCAAGGUCGGGGCUUGAACCCUGCUAGAUAAAGUCAAAAACGCCCCCCUCUUUUCCCAGCCAUGCAAACUGCGGGAUGAAGCUGGAAGCUGUGGUCGAGCAGCUGCAGAAGCAGCAGCAGAAGCAGCAAACGCCUCUGCAGAUGGAUUCCAGGGAGAGACAGCAGAGGCAGAUGAGAGAAGCCCAGCUGCUCUACACUCAGCAGCUGGCUGUGCAGCAGGCUGUCCUAGCAGCCACAUCUGGCAGGGCUUCAGGCGGCUCUGCUGUUGGUCCCUUGGCCAGAGGCCCACCUGCAGCCGGAGCUACGCGGGCAUUUGAUCAGAGCAGCAUGAAUUCAGAGCCAGAAGAGGAAGAGGAGGAUGAAGAGGAGGAAGAUGAAGAGGAGGAGGAGGAAGAAGGGGGUUUGGAAGGUGGUGAUCUUGAGGAUGGCGGUGAUGUGACUGGAAAGGAAACCUGCUCUGCUCUGAAAUACUUUCAUGCUCCCAAAGUUGCCCAUCACAACCAAAGAGUGGCCUCUACCUCUAAUCCUCUUCCAGCUUCAGGGCACCAGCGGGGACAGCAGGGCAAAGAAGAACAGGGUAAAGACACUACUAAGCAACCGUAUUCGGGUUCCCCGUCUGGACGCCAGAACUGGCGGUUGGAUGAGCAGCUCAAACAGAAUGGCAACGUGACCUGGAGCGAUGAAGGCGAUGGAUGCAGAGGAAGAGAAAUUUCACGAGACUUUGCCAAGCUCUAUGAACUGGAUAGUGACCCUGAACGGAAGGAGUUCCUGGAUGACCUCUUCAUCUUUAUGCAGAAGAGGGGAACUCCCAUCAAUCGGAUACCCAUCAUGGCAAAGCAGAUCCUGGAUCUCUAUAUGCUCUACAAGCUGGUAACUGAGAAAGGAGGGCUGGUGGAAAUCAUCAACAAGAAGAUCUGGCGAGAGAUCACCAAAGGCCUUAAUCUGCCCACCUCCAUCACCAGUGCUGCGUUCACGCUUCGAACCCAGUACAUGAAGUACCUAUAUGCCUACGAAUGCGAGAAGAAAUCCCUCAGUUCCCCUGCUGAGCUUCAGGCUGCAAUUGAUGGCAACAGGCGGGAAGGCAGGCGGCCCAGCUACAGCUCCUCUUUGUUCAGCUACUCGCCCACCACCACAGGGCCUCCUUCCCUCCUGUCUCCCCCAAAGAUCCGCUUCCCCAUCAUCGGUGUCGCGCCAGGCAGUGGGACCAGCAAUCCUCGGGUGUCUCCAGCAGCAGCUGUCAGAAAAGGUGACGGUGUGCCCUUGACUGUGUCUAUGCCAAAUCGUAUUGCUGUGCCAGUGACCUUGGCUAGCCAGCAGGCAACUGUGGCAGCAAGAACAGCCACCCUGGAGCAGCUGAGGGAGAGGCUGGAGUCGGGAGAGCCUCCAGAGAAGAAGGUCUCGCGGAUGACGGAGGAGGAGCAGCGGCUUGUCCAGCAGGCUCUUCAGCGCAACCUGUUCAGCAUGGCGCGGCAGAUCCCCAUGAAGAUCAAAAUCAAUGGCAAGGAAGAUAAAGCAGACUCGGCAGCGGCGGCGGCGGCACUGAAUUUGUCACCUAACGGCAUUGGGAGUAUUAACAUGUCUGUGGAGAUUAACGGCACAACUUACGCUGGAGUGCUCUUUGCCCAGAAGCCGGUCGUCCAUCUCAUUGCAGGCUCCAGCACCCAAAGUUCCUGCAGCAGCAGCAGCAGCUCCCACUGCUCUCCCAGCCCUACCUCAUCCCGGGGAACCCCCAGCGCAGAGCCCUCCACCAGCUGGUCUCUCUGAUGGACGGCCGAGCCUGCUGUCUCUCACACUGGCCUCCGGCAGCUCUUCUCUCUGCUCUCGGCAGGGAGCGAGCCAGGAAGGAGUCGCACAGAUUACCUCAUCUCAAGGAACCUGCUUUUGUGGUUGGCCAACAGCAAGAUGAUGAUGAUGCUGAAACCUUUCCAUGCCAGCAAGUUUUUCUUCAUCGUCUGUUUGUCCAGCCUUUUUUCUUUAUUCUCCCCUUUCUUCCUCCCUUUUGCUUUUUGUUUUCUUCCUCCUCCUCCCAGGGUUUGCUGUGUUCCUGUUGCGGGUGGGACAUGGAGGGGGGGGGCAUGCCUGGCGUUUUUCAAUCAGGGACCGUCUCUAGGAGCUGUGGGUUGAGAGAUGGCUGAGACGUCACCAAGGCAGGUGGAAAGACCUGGAGUUGGGGCCCAGAAACGUGGUUCUCCUCGAACCAGUGGCCGCAAGGACUCUUCCCACAAAACAACCCUGUGUAUUGACAAUCCUAAGAGCCGGUGGGGUGCCUUGCCCCUGUCCUCCCGGGGCUUGUGCCGUGUGGCUGCAGAGCGGGCAGGCUUCCUCACUUUCCUUCUUCAGGCUCUGUCGUGGUCCGGUGUUCAUCUGUCCUCCCGUAGAACACGUGUUCUUGGCUGGUGAGCCUCCUUCCCCCACCCCGAGGUCUCAGCAAGAGGGGAAGGACUUUCUCACCGCUAUGUUUGACCCAUAGACACAUUAAAAACCUCUCGUCAGCUGCUUCGCUCUCCUGGCUGGUGCUGGCCUCUCCCCUACGGUUGCCUUCAGGCUUUCAGCCAAGUUUUGAAUGCCCUUGACCUUGUCUCUCUGCCCUCGAGGAACUCAUCCCACUGGCAUUUACCCUGACAGCCUGAACUUACUGUGGCUCGGUGUUUUGAUCCUCUGCCCCCCUCGUCACCAAAGAGCUGUCAUUUCGAUUGAUCUGGGCUUCCUGGGGCGACUUCCUUCUCGUCAGGUUCAGUAGCCCCUGGAAGCUCUCCCCAUCUGUGCGCUGGCCACAUAGAAAUUAAAUACUUGAAAUCUGAUUCAGCAGGGCUGCAGGGUGUGUGUAGGUGUCGUGGUUAAUGCCACACGUGUGUUUCUUGGUUGGUCUCUGGACAAGCCUGCAGAAGCCCAGUCCCCUGCAAAUUGUACAUGCACAAAAAGGCAGCUGCUCUCAGCUGAGUGAGACCUUCUGCGCUCCUGGGCAGAAGCAGGGAAGAGGAAAUCUGGCCCUUCCUUGCCUUUUCCCUUAAACCUGCAGUUGAAAGCAAGUGAAGGCUGGCCCUGGCUCUCCUGUGUCUGGAGCCAAGUAAGCUGACUUGGUGACUCCAUCAACUCCGCUCCUGCGCAGGUGGCCUCAUUCUGUCCCUUCUCUCCUUCUGGCCUUUCCCACACAUGCUUUCCCCAGCCUGGAGAUCAGGUCCAAGCACCAUCCAUCCUGCCCUGGUGACGUCCUUCCCAUCCUCUGGGCCCAAGUCAGGUUUUUUUGAGCAGAUGAAAUACCUCAGAUAUGUACUUGUUGUUGGGUUUUUUGUUUGUUUUGGGUUGGUUUUUUUUUAAUCUCUUCAGGAAGUAUUGGCAUAUCUUAUCGCUUGGGUUUUUAUAUGUGGUUUUGCUGACAUUGUGUUGAUUAUUUUUUUUUAUUUUUAAUUGUAUCACCAAAGACAAAGUAAAAAAAAAAAAAAAAAAAGCUGAGCUAAAGAGCAGUGGCUUCCCCAGCCUUUAGGCCAGCAGGAGACAAGCUGAACAGCAUAGUCCCAGGACAUGUGCAUGACACGGGAGGACAGGUACAGGUAGGGCAAGAGUGGCUGCUUACUUAGAAGAUGUGUCCUUUUGUGUUGGAUGUGAGGGUGUCUCCAGAGUCCCUGUUGUUUUUCUAAGCUCCAGGAUCUGAGCUUGCCUUUAGCAAAGCUGCUCAGCGCAGCUGGGAGAUGAUGGCGCUGCUUACACUACAGACUGGCCAAGCCUCUCGCAGGACGGUGGUUUCUGGCACCUGAAAGAACAGCUUGGCCUUGUGGUGCUGCACCCAGCUGCCUCCUCUGCCGUGCUGGGACUUCGUUACCCAGGCACAGCUAAUUCUGCCUACACUACAAGACUAAGCCAUGUUAGGUAGCCUUUGUGAGAGGCACCAAAAUAAGAAGUUAUUCUAGUUUUUCACCUGUGCGCGGGUGCCUCUGUAAGAACCACCUGAGCCAGUAGAUAUGUUGUGACCAAAUCCAGAGGUUCAGGCUACUAAAAAGCAGUUUCCUGGCGUGUGGUGGGUGAGUUGCCCGGUGUCACACCAGUACGAGGUCACCUUUUUGCUGCUCGCGCAGGCGAGCAGAGCUGUUGGGAGAACUGAGCUCCGUGCGGGUCCGGAGGCUGGAGGUGCUGUGCCUGCCUGCACCGCUGAGCCCGAGCUCAGCCUGGAAGCGUCUGUCCUGUUCCUGCCCGGUCCUUUCUGCCACGCACUGUGAGCAGCCCAGCCCAGCCCGGGCUCUGUCAGACUUCACGAGCCCGGGGAGCUCCCUCGGUCCCCCUGGCUAGCUGCGGCACGGGCCCUGCGCCCCCGGGGUGCCCCUGCUCCUAGAACCUCCUUAUUUUAUACUACUGAAAAGAGCAUGGCUUUAAGAAACGGAGCCAGACACCACCACAGGAAAAGCCCCAGCAGCAGCUGGAGCAUCAGGCUUAAAACCGUACCUAGGAACCAAAAUGAAUAAUCCUUCCUUGGAACUCUCAAGCGUCAGGUUCUCCUUUUUAAUCCCCCAGCGUUGCUCAGCGGUGCUGCUGCUCUGCCUUGAGAGCCGAGCGCUGGUGCCAAGGCUUGUGUAAACCGUAGGUAAGACCUCCUGGGUGCAAGCAGCUCUGCGCUCUCUAGACGUUAGUUUAUACACUGUGGCUUGAGUUGUCCCGCUGCAUGACGUCACGAGGACUUGGUGGGAGGACGAGGGAGAAGGGGUGGGAAUGCCCGUGUCCUGAGAUGGAUGCUGCUCGAGAUGUCCCCCCUCCAGCUGCUUUUAGCGGGAGCAGCGGCCGCCUGCGGGGCAGGGAAGCGAGCUGAGCUGCUCGUGGGUGCAGGGAGCUUGCUCGACAGAUCCCACGGGCCUCCGUGGCACCUCACCCUCGCAGGCUCGGAGAGGGUUUCCCAGACUCUGGGACUCAUUCAGAUUGUUGGGUUUUUUCCCCUUUUUUGUUUUCUUUUGUUCGGGUUUUGUUUAUUUUAUUUGGGGGUGGGUUUGGGGGCUGUUUCCUAUGAGUGGGACUGGGGCACUUUUUGCUUUUCCUUGUUCUUUCUUCUCUGGUCCUGGGGAGCAGAGGUUAGUAAUGGGUGGUUUUGCUUAUGUAUCACAUGCUAACAUUGUGUUUUCUUGCACAGAAAGGCACUGGAAUCACUGAACUGCUAAACAGCUUUGACACUACUAGAGUAUUAAUGUUUAUAAGCUUUACACAACUAGACUGGAAAUAGACAGGGACUAACAGAUCGUUUUGUAUCCAAUUCAGGGAAAGAAUCAAGUCGGGAUGUGUAACAGAUACCUCAGUAAAAAUAAGCUGCAACAAUAAACUGGUCCUUGCUCAGUACACGGGGGCAAGGACCAGCCCUUCAGACUGUGAAGAGUGACCCUUUCCCCCAGCCCGGCUUUGAUACUGGCAGUUGGCUUAACGAGUGUUUUGCCAAGCUCCAGGUCUCCUGCUGAGCUGCCAGGCUUUGGGGACAGGGUUAUGGAAACCAGCAGCAGAGACAGGGCGGCCGAGCCGGGAGCCAGGGAAGGCUGAGCAGGGGCGGUGGAUCCCCCUCCUCUCCCCGGCUCCGCUUCAUUUCACUCGACUGUGUUCGAUUGUAUAGUACUCAGGGGUUUUGAUACUGCGGGUAGGACUGUUCCUCGCGUGAAGUGCUCUGCUUUGCAGUGUGGCUAAUUCUCUUUCAACUCCAGACCAGCGAAGGUUUUGCAGUGAGCAGCCAAAAAAAAACACCAAAAACCAAACCAAAAGCGCCCAGCUUGCUUCCGUGCAGCCUUGAUGCUCCUGUUUCAGGGGGAGAUUUGCCAGCUGGGUUUGAUGCCCAGCUGGGGGGAAAAAAAAACCACAAAACAAAAACAAAACACAAAACCAAACCUGCUUGUCCUCUUCCAGCAGAUCCCAGUUUAUGCUGGGAAGGCACAAAGAUUGUGACCUGGGAAAGGGGGAAGAGGCAAGGGGGAGGCUGCGUGCCUGCUCGGCUCCCAAAGUGAAUGUGAACGUGUCACACCAAGUCCUUUUGGCCACUGCGUGUGUGUGUGUGUGCUCCGAACAGAGUCAGAUCAGAUGUUUUCACCAAACAGCUGCAGCAGCCUUGCUACUAGUUUUCUUACCUAUUUAAAAAAAAAAAUAAAAUAAAAAAUAAAUAAAAAAAAAGAAAUGUGAUAGCCUAGGCGGUGGAUAAAUACCUCAACGUCUCCUUCCAACAAGUGUCUGUAUAUGUUGUUGUUGGGUUUUUUCUAUCUUACACGUUAUCUGAAUGUUUAUAUUCCAAUAAACUUCUACCUCUUCA